ACACACCAGCAAGCAAAUGAGAUGUUGGCUCUUGACUCUUGACUCUUGACUCUUGAUUCAUCUUAUCUUUGAAUAUCAUUUGGAUCAUCUACGCUAAUCCAAUCCAAGCCAACCUCCAGCGAACCGAAGCUUUCGAGCUUUCUCCCUACUUCUACUCUGUCUCAACAACAACAACAACAACCACAACAUCAACCACCACCACAUCAACCACAAUCACAACAACACAUCAAACUUCUUUCAACCCCCUUAUCACCCCUCCAUCUAUCAAUUCCUUCCAUUUCAUCUUCCUCUUCCAUCUUCUCAUCAAAAUUCAUCCACAAAUAAAUCACUUUAGGGUCAAACCAUCUCUCCAAAAUUAAAAACCACCAAAGCCAAAAUCCACCAGAACCAAUUUAUCACAUCUUCAUAAUUUUAAAUUGGAUCAUCGAGGUCUCAUAAUCUCAUUCUCCUUUUCGAUACUUUGAUACUUUGAUACCAAAAUAAAAAUUUAAAUAACUUCAUACAAGGGGGUUCCACUCUUGGAAAAUCUAUCAAAAUGCCAGGCGUUCGUAAGUGAAAUCUUUUCCAUUUCCAUCUGUCUUCUUGUUCGAUCCGUCGUCGUCCUUCUUUCAUUCAUUCGUUCAUUCGUUCAUUCGUUCAUUCAUUCAUUCAUUCCUUCAUUCAUACAUUCAUUCUAUUAAGACGACUUUAUUGUUUUCUUGCAUUUGUCCUUCAUUCUUCGUCCUUCGUUUUCUAUCUUUUAAAGCUUCUUUCAAUUUCUAUUGUAUUCAAAUCCCAAAAAAUAGUGUCGACGUUUGAUUUCUUUCUAUUGACUCUACUAUAAUACCAUAAUUCUAUCCAUCACCUUAUAAAUCACAUAUUUCAAAAUGGGUACUUACUUUCCACGAAUUUCACUACAUCAUGUUUUUCUAUAUAUCUGUUUCUAUAAACUUAUCAUCUGCGCGCAAUAACUAACAAUACUUCUUACAACAGCACCAAAAGCUUUAGAGACUCUCAAGGCCAAGUUCAAGGCUCUUUUCAAGGGAAAGAAAUCCAAGAAGGCUGAAGAACCAACCGCUGGCGCAGAAACUGAUGCCGCAGCUCCACCAACUGCAAACUCCGCUGUUGAUCCAAACGACGAUGGUACUGCACGUAUGUUUACAAAUCCUAAAUUCAUACCUUCACACAUAUACUAAUAAAAUCCCUUGAACAGCAGAAGUAACAGCCACCGAACACAACAAUGCUGAACACCAAGACCCAACUACCGCAGAACAAACCUCAGCUGUAGCCGAACCGGCCAAUGCGAACGAGACUGGUGAGCCUCCAUAUAUAAUCGGAACCUUGGUUAAAGCUCAGAGUACUGAUACUGAAAUGGCAGCACCAGAAGCUUCCAAGGUCGAAGAUCCGAUUAAGACUGAGCCAAGCGCACCAAUAGUCUCUGCUACUGCUCCUCAACUUUAAAUGGCAUCUUUUCGAUAUCGAUAACGCCGAGUUAUACAUAUAUAUGAAAUAUAUAACACAGCGAGAUGACCAAUUUUCCUACUUUAUAUUUGAAGUACACGUACAUUUGAUUUCGAAUUCGUCACUUGUUAUGGGAAAUACCUAAAUACCGAUACCACUGAUACCAUGGUGGAAGAUGGAGUGGAGGUGCAUGUUGUAAUGGCAGAGAUGCGCUGGUGUGUGUGGAUGGAUAAUAUAAGUCUCCUACCCACCAUGCUUACUAAAGCAUGGUUGAGGAUCAGAGUCAGAGCCGUCAAAACAGGAUAAUAAUGUGUUAUCAUGUUUCCUUUGUGUUUUCUUUACUCUUUUAUGUCUCUAAAUUUUCCUCGAUAUUUUCAUUUUUGUGAGAGUUAAUUUUUCGUGGACUUGGAACGUGUUUGCUUGUUAACAAAAGAAAGCAACAUAUUCUAAUUCAUGCAGAAGUUGAAUUUCUAAAAAUGGGAAAAUCAAUAAGACGUGGAUUUUUUUUUAACUUGAUUUCUUACUUUUAUUUUAGUUUACUUUGCUUUGCUUACAGUUUCUAAUUGUACAUGGACGGGCGCGUAAGCGGAACGAAUGGUCAUAUACCCCUUUAUACCCUAAGUACCUGGUUCUAGUUAUGGUUGUGGAGGAGAGGAGAGGAGUGAAGGAAGCGAGAUAUUUGUUUAUAGGAAUCUUGAAUCUUGAGUCUUGAAUC